UCACGAAAGCUCCAAAUGCCAAAUUCAGAGGAAUUCUCAACGCGGCAGUCCGGCCGCGCUGCUUCGCGUGGCGAGCAAAGUCCCCGCGCCGCUGAGGGAAGCUCGAGCCUCGGGCAUCGCACGAAGUCGCUUUCCUCGCAGUUUGGGGAAUGGAGCUGUGGUGACCUCGGCUCACUCACCGCCUCCUCCCCCGCGAUGUCACAACACGGCGAUUACAACGAGGAGGAGGAGCUGGUGACUCGGAGACCAGAGACAACAUCAAUCAAGUCUCAUUAUACAGUCUUCGUCACAACGGUUAUACACCUGGCCGCUGUCUGUCUCCUUCUCUGGGCGUCUCUGUCUCCGUUGGCCUCCGAGCUCCGAGUCAGUCGCUGGAUCGCGUUUGGGCGGAUCACUCUCUAUCUGAUCCACUCCGUCUCUGCGUGGAACGUCCAUUGCUCACUCAGCUGGGCUCGCGCGCAAGGGCACUUGAGAUGGGAGAGGAAGACACGGAGACACAGAGACACGGCCAUGAUGAUCUUCAACACAGGUAACGCUCUUCUGCUGACAAUCUGUGCAACGGAGAAGCAAGUAGAAGACCCGGAGACAUGGGGGGGAAUUGGAGGAGAGAGAUUUUGGCUCUGGAUGUGGGUCGGGAUUAUUUGUGCAGAAUUCCUCCUCCUUUCUCCGUGUCUCAUCGCAUAUGUGGUGCGAGUUGUCAGAUUCAACAAAUCGACCCCACAAUCCGACAUCAUCGAGAAAGAAACGGCGUCCUCCACAGCCAGCACCACCAAGUCUAUGGGUGUGAGGGAGCUCGUUGAGUACCAGGGUGAUGUCAUUGAGCACCUGGUGGCCCAGAAUCACUGCCUCAGCCAGAGGCUCCUCCUCCUCCACACCAAUCACUAGCGGCAAUGCACAGCCACAUGCAACGUUUUGGGCAAUGGAUCUACUUCGGGGCACAUUUACUCACCCACUCGGUCACUCAAUCACACCAUCUCGGUUACUCACCCACAAACCCACACACACUCAGUCACUCACACUCUCGCACAACUGCCAUUUGUCACUAAGUGGCGGUGACAUCACCACGGCUCUUGUGCCAGGCAAGUUGCACUUUGAGGCCAUGUAAACUGUCAAAGGCUUGCUGGCAGGAGGUCAAGGGACAGACCCAGGUGCCAUGGGGUGACUGACUGAGAUGACUGGCAGAUGUACCAACUGUGCCAACUUUGUGUUUUAGCCGUCUGGAACACACCCACUCCAGUCACUCACACACUCACCCACGCACAAGCCCUCAGUCAAUCACCCACACCUACUUGCCCAGUCUCUCACCAACACACCCACUCUUAAUAACAUAUAAUAGGCAAGGUUUUGGGCAAUGGCCCUUCAGGGCACAACCACAUACGGUAUUAUAUAUUUUCCCUUUGAGUGGGUGUGACUGAUUGGCUUUGUGAUUGGGUGAGUGAGUGACAGUGGCCGUGUGAGUAAGCGAGUGUGUGAGAUGGUGAGUGGUAGUGUAGCGGUUAGCGCGCUGCGAUACGAACCCGAUGACCCUAGCUCGAUUCCUGCUCAUGGCCAAGACCAGUGGCGAUUAUAUGAACUGGUCCUGGGCCUCCCUAAGGUCGCCUUAGCCUCAUGAGUACCUGGUGCAAUGUGUAAACAUUGCCAAUGGGGAGGCAAAGGCGGCCGGGCGUGGUGCUGGCCACCCACCCCCUCGUGUACCGUGCUGGCCUUCAUAGGUGGUGCUUGCUAACAGCACUUGCCCUAACUGUUAGGCUUUAUGUCGGUAUUUGUCUUUGUGUGACCCAUUACCCUAAAAUAUUAAUUAUUGAUAUCAAUAAAUAUUAAUGAUAAAUGUAUAUUGACAUUGAAUGCAGAGUAGAAUGGGAACCUGAAUUGAAUAUUGGUCAUUGCUGAGAACACAAAUUACUGAAAUAAAUAAAUAUUUAUCAUUACUGCAAUCCCUGAAUGUGAAUCAUGCUAUUGAAUCCUGAAAAUGUAUUGCUGAAAUCAAUGAAUAUUGACAUUGAUUCCUGAUUAAUUAUUACCGAGAUAACUGAAUGUUGAUCAUGAUAUUGAUUACUGACAAAUAUUGGUCACGGAUCAAUAUAUGAUGAUCAUGAUAUUGAUCACUAAGAAGAUGAAUCCGUGAGAUAAAUGAAACAAUGGGAGUGGUUGUGGCCCUGUGCCCAUGGAGAGCAGUGGUGUAGCAAACCGCGCUGCACCCGAGUUCGAUUCCUGCUCACGCCCAACACCAGUGGCGAUUAUCUGAACCAGGCCUGGGCCUCUCCUAGAUAGACUUUGCCACGAAUGAGUACCUGGUGCACUGCGUAAAGCAUCGUCACUAGGGAGACAAAGGUGGUCGGGUGUGGUGCUGGCCAUCCACCCCCUUGUGUACCGUGCUGGCCUUCAUGGGUGCUCGUUAACAGCACUUUCCCCAACAGUAUGUUGAGGCUAUAGGGGGCCCUUUGUUUUUCGUGCUCUGCUGUUUGAAAUGCACACUGUAGCAGUACUCUGCCGAGUGUUCACCGAGGUGGCGUGUGUUCACUGACAAGUGCUCACCGCUGUAUCAAGAGUUCACUGUGGUGUCAGGUGAAUGGUUAAUCAGCCAGGUAGAAACACUUUGUAUACAGUCAAAGCCAUGGUGCAAGACCUUCACUGCAUUGUUAGUGGCUCAGGCCUGUGCCGUUGGCUGUCGAUGGCCACGACUCGUUCCGUGCGUACAACCCGACUAUCAGGUGUGUGUGGAGGUGCGAGUUCGUGUAGAUGCUAGGGGUGUGUGUGGAGGUAGGGGUUUGUGUAGGGGCUACCCUACCUGGCCAAUAGCCCGAUUAAUGGAGUCCUGUUCUGAGAGUGCAUUCGGGUUUGCGAUGGAACUUUAGGUCCGUGCGGGUUUUGUAUUUUCAAGCAUGGGAUUUGUGUUUCUGGGGACGUGGCAUUGAUUGCCACAACCACACCUCCCAUAACUUGGUGAGAGCCGCAAUAAAUCGCUUUAACCCC